CACCCCGAGAUAUAUAUAUAGAGAGAUAGAGAGAGAAACAGAGCUUUCAUCAUAUAUAUACAUCCACAUUUAUAUAAAUACGCACAUACAUAAAAAUAAAAAACCCGCAUCAAAAAAAUUCGAAGAAUUCACCUUUUUUUAUUUUUUUUAUUUUUUCGUGUGUAUAUUUUUUAUUUUUCUCUUGCUAUCUGCUGCUGUAAUAUUGCUGCGGUGCUGUUUUGAAGGAAGAGAGCGAGACAGAGAGAAAGAGAACCAUGCUUGGGGACUCAGCACUAUUAGGAGGUGGAGGAAGUAGUGGUGGUGCUUCCGAUGAUGCAGUGGCGGCAGCAGCAGCGGUGGCAGCAUCAGGUGGCGGUGGCGGAUCAAAUAAUUCAGGCGACGAUGAAAGAGGGAGGAAUAUAGAAGAAGGUGGCAGCAGCUUCGGCGGUAACCGGUGGCCGCGGCAAGAGACUUUGGCGCUGUUACGGAUACGCUCCGAUAUGGAAGCUGCCUUUCGAGAGGCAAGUGUUAAGGGUCCUUUGUGGGAACAAGUCUCCAGGUUCAUUCAUAAUAAGAUAAACCCGGAAAACCUUUUUCAUCUUUUACCUUCAUUUAAUUUCAUUUUUUGUUUUUGUUGGGGGGGGGGGGGGGGAACUGGUAAAUCAGAUGGCAAAACUUACCGCUUCUUUGAUCAGUUAGAAGCCCUUGAGAAUCAGUCCCAGACAACACUUCUUCAUCAUCAAUCUCCUAAACCAACGCCAAUGCCUCCUCCUCCGCCUCCGCCUCCGCCGCCACCACCACCACCACCAACAACAACAACACAUGUCACUGUUCCAUCAACAACAAUUAUCCCUUCCUACCAAACAACACCACCACCACAACCAACAAACCCUACUACCUUACUAUUCCCUUCUUCAUCAACGACCACCAUCCCGACCGAUCUCCUCUCCAACUCCACCUCUUCCUCCACUUCCUCCGACGAAUCAAUGGAUGGAAGGCGGAGGAGGAAGCGCAAGUGGAAGGACUUCUUCCACAGGCUAAUGACGGAGGUCAUCGAGAAGCAGGAGGAUCUUCAGAAGAGGUUCCUCGAAGCCGUGGAGAAGCGAGAGCGUGAUCGCAUGGCCAGGGAGGAAUCUUGGAGGCUACAAGAGAUGCAAAGGAUUAAUAGAGAGAGGGAGAUUCUCGCUCAGGAACGCUCCAUUGCCGCCGCCAAAGACGCCGCCGUCAUGUCAUUCUUGCAGAAGAUAGCCGAACAGCACAAUCUAGGACAAGCAUUGAAUAAUACGAUCAGCAUUGUGCAACCACAGCCACAACCACAACCACAACCGCAACCGCAAUCACAACCAAAUGCACCACAGAUUCCGCCAGUACCGGUGCAACAACCUAUCCCAGUAACGCAGGUUGCUGUUGCACCGGUUGCCGCUCAGCCUGUGGCACCGUCAGCACCGACGGUACCGCAGCAGCAACAAGUAGUGACAAGUAUGGAAAUCGUGAAAAGUGCUGACAAUAACAAUGGCGAGAAGUUGAUCGGCGGAAGCUCGUCGAGGUGGCCGAAGGUGGAGGUCGAAGCGUUGAUACGGCUGAGGACAAGCAUGGACGCCAAGUACCAAGAAAACGGGCCAAAGGGGCCGUUAUGGGAAGAGAUCUCAUCAUCAAUGAAGAAGCUCGGGUACAACAGAAACGCUAAGAGGUGCAAGGAGAAGUGGGAGAACAUCAACAAAUACUUCAAGAAAGUCAAAGAAAGCAACAAGAAGAGGCCAGAAGAUUCCAAGACUUGUCCCUACUUUCACCAGCUCGACGCUCUCUACAGGGAGAAGAACAAGCUGGAUAUGGCGCCGAAGCCGCAGAGCAUGGUGGCGCCGCUGAUGGUGAGGCCGGAACAGCAGUGGCCUCCUCAGGCCAUGGAAGACGCAGAGAAUGACCCCAUGGAGCGGCACCAUGACGAGGAUGACGAGGACGAGGAGCAGGAGAAGGAGACUGGAGACGAAGAGGAUGAAGAGGAUGAAGGUGGUGGGAAUGGCAAUGGCGGUAAUAACUAUGAGAUAGUGGGAAGCAAGGCUGCAACAGCUUCAGCUGAGUAGUGACAAUGUAAGGUGCAAAGAGAAAAAAACAGAAGGGGUCCCCAUUCAGAAAAAGAAUAUGCAUGUGUAGUAGCACCUAAAUGAUGGCGUGGGAUGUGUGGGUCAACGAGAGUGCAGGUUUUGUCGGAGAAAAGUGGACGCUGGUGGCGGCGGCGGUGCCGGUAACGGUGGUUAUUGCGGUUCUUGUGUUUUCAGUGUAUUAAGAAUUUUGAAUAUGCAUCGUACGGCACAGAAUGACACAUGGACAGGGUGGUGGGGAACGGUGGUUUCGUACUUUCUUGUAGCAUAUAGUCAGUAAGAUUAUAUGUUCUUUUUUUCUUUAUUUUUCAAUUUUCAUAGACAUUUAUUUAUUUUUUCAGAUAAUAAAUAAGUUGAAAUCAAA